AUGGACGUUGAAUCGAUUACCGUGAAGCCGCCGCUCGAGAACGAUCAGGAUUUUCAGGAUGCCACUGAUCUUGCGGCGAUGGGCCACGCCCAGGCGCUGACUCGGAAAUUUAAUAUCUGGAGCAUGCUUGCUCUUGCAUUCUGUGUUCUCGGGACAUACUCUACCUUCGCGCAGGAUCUCAGCAGCGGUCUUACGAAUGGUGCCUCAAUCACCAUCCUCUGGGGCCUGGUGCUGGUCACAGGCUGUAACUUGUGUGUCGCUGUUUCGCUGGGCGAGUUGACGAGCAGUAUGCCCACUGCCCUUGGUCAAGCAUACUGGGUAUAUAGAUUGUGGCCAACGCCGAUGGGCCGAUUCGUUUCAUACAUGUGUGCGUGGAUUAACACGUUCGGCUGGUGGACUUUGACUGCGUCGCAGGUGGCAUUCAUGACUGAGUUCCUGCUUGGUAUGAAGACGAUGUUUGAUCCCGAGUGGAGCGGUGCCGGGAAGGGAUGGGUCAAUUUCCUGGUUUACAUUGGGGUUGUGUUUGUGUUGACGGUGGUCAAUGUGGUUAGUUGUCGCAAGGAGCAGGUUCUGCCUUGGAUUAAUAACUUUGUUGGUAUUUGGUUUGCCGGGUUGUUUGUCGUCUUGUCGAUGGUGAUGUUAAUUUGUGUUGGCGUGAAGAGUGAUUUGUCUUUCCAGUCUGGAGGGUUUGUCUUCGGCAACUGGAUGAAUCAAACGGGAUGGCCGGAUGGUGUGGUUUGGUUCACUGGCUUGGUGCAGGCUGCCUAUGGUCUGACGGCUUUCGACUCGGUCAUUCAUAUGGUCGAGGAGAUUCCCGAUCCAAGAAAGAAUGCGCCGCGUGCUAUCUGGAUGGCUGUCCUGUUUGGUGCCAUCACGGGUUUCAUCUUCAUGGUCGUUUGUCUCUUCUGCAUUCAGGAUGUCGACGCCGUCACCAAUGCCGAUCAGCCUUUCAUCGAGCUGAUUCUCGAGACUGUUGGUCUCAAGGGUGGCGCCACGCUCAUCGCUCUAUUCAUCUUUAACGGUCUCGGCCAGGGUAUCUCUGUCUUGACCACCGCCUCCCGUUUGACCUGGGGCUUCGCCCGUGACGGCGGUGUCCCCUGGAGCAAGUACUUUAGCCACGUCGACCCGGUCUGGCAGGUCCCUGCCCGUGCGCUCUGGGGUCAAGGGUUUAUCAUCGGCCUCGUUGGCAUCCUCUACCUCUUCGCCAACACCGUUCUCGAGGCCAUUCUCAGCGUCAGCACAAUCGCCCUCACGAUCUCCUACGCGAUGCCUAUCCUCGCUCUCUUGAUCGUUGGCCGCGAGAAGCUCGUCCCUGGUCCCUUCCAGCUUGGUCGCUGGGGCAGCUGGAUGAACUGGAUCAGUAUUGUGUACUGUGUUAUUACCACCAUCUUUUUCUUGUUCCCUGGCGCUCCGAACCCAGCUCCGGCUGAUAUGAACUACGCCAUCGCUGUAUUCGGCGUCAUGCUUGUCAUUGCGAUUGCGUUCUGGUUUAUCCAGGGUGGUCGGACAUAUCUCCAGACUGAGGAUGCGAUCGCGCAGAUGUUCUAUGCGCAGCAUCUUGAGAAUGCGCGAGAAUCCGACGUGGCUGUCGUGCCGCAACCUGACUUGAAAUGA